UUAAACUUGCACAUUCAUUACAAUAUUCGCUGAAAAGGUUUCGCUUGCCUUGAUUUAAUAAAUUAAGAAAUAUGGCUCACGAAACAUUGAAGAAAAUUGAAACAGAGUAUCACACCGACGAUGUUUUGGCAUACAAAGCCAAUUACGAAGCAUUCAAAGGUGGUUUAACGAAGCACGAAGUUGCGCAAUAUUAUAACAAAUGGGCGGAAACAGGAGAAUAUGAUGCGCAUUUAAACGAAAACCGCUACUGCGGACCUGAAAGCUGCGCAAGGUCCUUGGCUACAUACUAUCCAGAUAAUGAGAGAGCGCAUGCGCGAAUUCUUGACGUGGCCGCCGGAACUGGUAGACUUGGUGCUGAGUUACAUAACCUGGGCUUCAGACAAAUCGAAGCUCUUGAUCCUUCUACCGGCAUGCUGGCCAAGGCGAAAGACAGGAACGUCUAUACGCACUUCUACAACGAUUUUAUCGGAGUGGACCACCCUGUUCCGGUUGACGACGGAACGUUUGAUGGUCUAGCGGUAUCUGGUGGGUUUGGAGAGGGUCAUAUCCCUUGUACUGCCUUGCAAGAAAUGAUUCGCGUUGUUCGUACAGGAGGAAUGAUCUGCAUCGCGAUGAGGGAAGAAUAUUUGAUCUACGUGUCGGAGUACAAAGGCUCUUUAGAACAGCUCAUGACAGAGCUAGAGAGCGCGGGAAAAUGGAAGCUAGAGGCUAAAGACACAAUACCCAACUACGCUUUUGGGUUGCCUGGUGUCAUUUUCCAGUUUAGGGUGCUAUAGACUAGAUUGAAACUGUCUGAAAGAUAUUGAAUGCUCACUUAUUUGUUCAAAGACAGAAAUAUUCCCUACAUGGGUUUACAUCUACAGUCUAUCAUCAUGUUACUGGUUAAAUAUUUUGCAUCGAUAUUUUAGUUUGUUAAUUGUUAUUUCAUGUUUUUAUUCACAUGUUGUUGUUAUUUAUGUGUUGUUAUCAAUAUGUUUUAUAUAUGAAUUAAAACAAAUAAAAUUGAAAA